CGUUAUUUAUGGCUGUUUUGUCAUUGAUUAUUUUGAUAUUUAAAACUUUUUAUGUACCUUAAACACAAUAAAUAACUAUUUUGUAUUGUACAAAAUAGAUAUUUAUUAUCAAUUUGCAGAUUUAGUGUAAAAGUAUUUAUGUAGUUGCGCCUUGACAGGAAAUGGUUUGUUCUGAUGAUACCAAUCUAGUCCGGGUGGCUGUUAUGGCUGAAAUUUAUCUAAUUUAACCCAGUUAUUUCAAAUUGGUUAAUUUAUUCAGCGACUUCCAGAUAAAUGAAAUACGUAUUGAAUGUUUUUAUUCAGUUUUAGAAAGGCACACGUUUAUUUUAAAUACAUUUUACGCGCCCCUCUCAUCGCAAUGGUUUCUCCCAUCAUGGACACUUUUCUCUGACGAUUGACCWGGCACUGACAGCCCACCACACCACACCAUGAGUGAGCUGAAGGACUGCCCUCCGCUGAAAUACUACGACUUCAAGCCUGUGGAGCAUGUGAAGUUGUGUCCCCGGUACACGGCUGUGCUGGGCCGCUCAGAGGACGAUGGCAUCGGCAUAGAGGAGCUGGACACCCUGCAGCUGGAGCUGGAGACUCUGCUGUCCUCCGCCAGCCGCCGCCUCCGAGCCCUGGAGGAGCAGAGACAGAUCCUCACAGACUGGCAGGACAAGAAGGGAGACAAGCGCGUUCUGGGUAAGGACCCAGACCCUGCAGCCCCAUCCCGCCACAAAACAAAGAAGCAAAAACAGGACAGCAAGGGAGGACCGGGUCCGGGUCCCGGAAGACCCAAAUCUAAACUCAUACAGCCCAAAGUACAAGAGUAUGACUUUCCAGAUGAUCCACAAGAUAUUCCCCGCGCUCCUAAAAAUGAUGCUCCCAACAGGUUCUGGGCGUCAGUGGAGCCGUACUGUGCUGAUAUCACAAACGAAGAGAUCCGGCUACUGGAGGAGCUUCUGAAACCUCCAGAGGACGAGGCUGAGUAUUUCAAAAUCCCGGCGUUGGGGAAACGUUACUCACAGCGUUGGGCUCAAGAGGACYUGCUGGAGGAGCAGAGGGAAGGAGUACGAGCCAACGACAAGAAGAAGAGCCUGAUGGGAGGACCGCUGUCAGAACUGGAUGCGAAAGACGUGGACUCGCUGCUGAAAAAGUCAGAAUCCCAGCAUGAAUCACCAGAAGACGGGUGUCCCUUUGGUCCUCUCACUCAGCGUCUGCUGCAGGCCCUCGUAGAGGAGAACAUUAUAUCCCCCAUGGAGGAUUCACCUAUACCAGACAUUUCAGGAAAGGAUGGUAACGAUGGAGCAGGGACGUCUCCUCGAAGCCAAGGGAAGGCUUUCAGUGUUCCUCACACGCGCUCCCUGGAGGCACGGAUUAAGGAGGAGCUGAUAGCCCAGGGGCUGCUGGAUUCCGAGGAGAGACCUGGACAAGGGGGGGACUCUGAGGACGAGGUCCUGGCAGAGCUGCAGAAGAGGCAGGCUGAGCUCAAAGCCCUCAGCGCCCACAACAGGUCCAGGAAGCAGGAGCUGCUCCGGAUGGCCAAGGACGAGAUGCGCAAACAGGAGCUGAGGCAGCGGGUGAGGGUGUCUGACAACGAGGUGAUGGAGGGCUUCAGGCGGAUCAUGGCAGCCAGGCAAAAGAAACGCACUCCCACCAAGAAGGAGAAAGACCAAGCCUGGAAGGCUCUGAAGGAGAGGGAGAGCAUCCUGAAACUGUUGGACAGCUAGAGCCACGGUUCGGUUUGUUUGUUAUUGAAGUGUUGACAGAUACCUUCCUCAUCGUUUUACAGUUGUCCUGCAGUCUGAGCUGGAUUAACGUCAUGGUUUUAAUGGUUUGUAAACACUCAUUUGUUCCACAACAUUCAGUAUGCAUCUCUUUUUUUAACUCUUUGAUUUUUUUUUAUAUAUAAAUUGCCGUUUUGUUUACAAAUGUGACGUAAAAUUUGUGUUCUGCAGUUUUUUCCUCUCAUUCUGAAUGACAGAAACCUAUUCAUGUAAUAAAUAUCACAUUUGCUGUUGCU